GUUGUACAUCAUUUAUUUUUGUGAACGUCUGAAUGACGCAACCGGAAGUACAUCUGCCAGUUGUAAACACAGCUGAUAAAGCUGUGUUGUUACUUUCUAAAAGAUGGUGUACGUGUCUAACGGUCAGGUGCUGGACAGCAGGUUACAGUCACCAUGGCGACUGUCCCUACUGGUCGACUUCUUCUGGGGAGCAGUGGAUUUUAUCGGCCUGUUUUUUAAGUCGAUGAUAAACCCUGACGUGAGAAAGGAUGGAAGCGGUGUUUUGUCACGCUUCAGUGAUGGCAAAGGUCCUCCAGGUCCCCCUGGUGGCAGAAAACGAAUGGGAAGAAUAAACCACGGUGCAGGACCCAGCUCUCCACCAAUGGGAGGAGGAGGAUGAGGAAGGUAAACGCCUACACAUUCAGUGUAGGCGCGGGGCUUUGCACAGUGUCUGUUUGCUGAGAACCUCAAAGGACGAUGGUGAUGUCACAGUGCUGAAGCCCCUACUCUCCGGCUGCCGCUGCCAAAAGCAGUUUCUUGACGCCUUUCUGGGAAUACCUACAUGUAGGGGCCAGAAUGGCCGAUACAGCAGCCAUCCACAUUAUUUCCUCUCUGGUUUCCCCCCUUCACAUUCCUCUCACACUGAGAGAUGUGUCACUGACUUGUCUGUUAUGAUCUUCCUUUCUGGGUAUCAUAAAUUAGUCUGUCUUUGUUUUGUAUCCUUCUGUCUGAAUAAAGAUGUGCAGAUGUUUAAACAUGC